AUGGAUGAAAUAUUACGAUCCAAACUGCAAGCUGACGAAAAAUGGAAACGCUACAAUCAGAUUCUACAGCGAUAUUUAUUUUUUGCUAAAGAUUCGAGAAAAACGAUAGCACUCCCCAUAGUGGAUAAUGCGGAAUCACCAGCGCCAAUAGUACCAACAAUCACCAGCAACGAGGAGGAACAGGAACCCCUAAAAGACGAUCUAGUAGCUAAUGUUAUCGAGAGUGUACCUCAAAAAUUUCGACGUAAGGCUGAACUUUUGACUAAACAUUUGCUCUCUCGCAGUCUUGUAUCGUGGAAGCCAAGUGGGAAAGUAUUUAUAGAUGGUACCGAGGUACCCGGAGCGAAUAUUAUUGAUUUAGUUAACGAUGCUAUGAGAAGUAGAAAGAACUCUAAUCCAGUCGGAUGGGAGCAGUUUGUCGAAGUAUGCCAUAAAGGUAACAUACCGCAUGAGUUUAUAGGAAACUCGAAGAUAUUGAAUUAUAUUCGCUUGAAGAAACAGCUCGAUGUGUCGGGAAUUAGACAAAUUUAG